UUAUGUGAAGGAUGAGGACAAUCUGAUCCCAUGGAUGGCCGCCAACAGUGCGAUCGCUCGGCUCAACGAUAAGCUCAGCUCUUCUAACGGAGGCUUAACUGUAAAAGAAUUCAAGAAACAGAUGACCGAUAUACAAAGAUUACUUCGGAAUUACAUAAUAUCGUUGGCGUGCAGUAGUGGUAAUCAGGACUGCCUUCAAGAGGCCAACAAUCAAUUCAAACAAUUCCUGACAACCGGACAACCGAUUGGAGCCGACAUUAGGGCCAACGCCUAUAAGUACGGCAUUCAAGUGAACACAAACGACAACGAGUGGAACCAAGUGUUAGAUUUAUGGCUAACAGAAGUGUCUUCGGCAGAGAAGUCCAAACUGUUGACAGCGUUGACGAGUGUCGACGACUCUCAGCUGCUCUCCAAACUGAUCGCCAAAUCAGAAGAUGCGGUGAUUGUCAACGACCAGGACUUCUUCACUUUCCAGCAAAGUAUCGCCGCAAACAGUCUGACGGGUCGGCAAUUGGUCUGGAAUUAUAUGCGCCAAAACUGGCACAAACUCGUCGACCGGUUUAAAAUCAACGACCGACGGCUCGGCUCUUACAUCACUUCAGUGACCAAUAAUUUUAAUACCGAAACACAACUCAAUGAGUUGAAGGCAUUCUUCGCGGAGAACCCGGAGUCGGGCGCCACAGAAAAUGCCCGAAAACAGGCCUUAGAGAGGGUCCAGAAUAAUAUCAAAUGGUCGACCACUCACGAGGAAAGUGUGAUUCAGUGGCUCAACACUAAUAGCCCGUCGGUGAAUCCGUGGCUCAACUGGCGUUUGGAUCCACAAGUGGUGCCUCAGGCCUACAAAGUUCACUGGACUAUAGAUCUCAGCGCCGAUACAUUCAGCGGAACCGUUAGGAUUGAAGUGAACGUCAAGAAACCGAUCAAACAGUUUGUUCUUCACUCAAAAGGUCUCACAAUCACAGAAUCAAAGGCCUAUUUGGGAGACAUUAAUAGUGCCGAUGAAAAGCCAUUGAACGAAAAGAGUGAACCAAUUGUUUACGCGGACAACGAUUUCUAUGUCAUACCGACUGACACCACAAUACGGGCCGACAUUUAUCACUUGUACCUCGAAUUCAACGGCAAACUCAGCACCGGUUUGAACGGUCUCUACAAGAGUGUGUACACCGACAGCACCGGAACGUCAAAGAGUUUGGCCACCACUCAGUUCCAGUCGACGUACGCCCGACAGGCGCUGCCCUGUUUCGAUGAGCCGCAGUUUAAGGCCACGUUUGACAUCACGAUCACUCAUUCGGCCCAAUAUAACGUCAUCUCCAAUAUGCCGGUCCGCGAGAGCGUCAUCGCCGACGGCGGCCUCAAAGUCACCAAAUUUGAUCCGUCGGUCAAAAUGGUCACAUAUCUGGUGGCACUCGUUGUUAGCGACUUUGAAUGCUUCGUGAGUCCCAGUGAUAAGCGGGUGCGAGUGUGCGGAGCGCCCGGCAAUAAGCCUAAACUGGACUAUGCUUUGGACAAAACGCCAGCGAUAUUGAAGUUUUAUGAGAGCGAGUACUUCCAGAUUCCCUAUCCAUUGCCCAAAUUGGAUAACAUAGCGGUCCCGGACUUUAGCGCCGGUGCGAUGGAGAACUGGGGUUUAGUCACCUAUCGGGAGGUCUAUCUGUUUUACGACGAGACAGAGUCGACCACCAAAAGUCAAAUGCAAGUUUGUAUGAUUAUUGCGCACGAAUUGGCACAUAUGUGGUUUGGAAAUCUGGUGACAACCAAAUGGUGGGAUGAUUUGUGGUUAAACGAAGGCUUCGCUACUUAUAUGUCAUAUAAAGCCGUAGGAAAAGUGGAAACCGAGUGGAAAUAUGACGAGAUAUUCGCUUUGGAUGAGUUGAGCCGUGUGUUUGAGGCCGACUCCACACCCAAUACACAUCCAAUCGUGGGUUCCGUACAGAAUGCCGACGAUAUCUCAUCGGUCUUCGAUGCCAUCACUUAUGGAAAGGGAGCGGCCAUUCUUCGGAUGUUGGAAACGGCUUUAGGCGACGAUUUCCGGAUUGGGAUCAAGAAUUAUCUCAUUAAACAUUCGUAUGAAAACACACUGACGGAAGACCUCUGGACACAACUCACUCAAGACAGUCAACAAAGACUAAAUGUGUCGGAAAUAAUGGAAACUUGGGUCACAAGAAAGGGGUUCCCAGUGGUGACAGUUACCCGAAGCGACACAAAUCCCAAUCAGAUUACGCUUAAACAGGAAUUGUUUCUCAAAGAUUAUACCAAAUCAAACACAAGCUAUGUGUGGAAAAUCCCGAUCACAUACUCAGCCCCGGGAGCGGCCAAUAGCUUUGUAUACACCGAAUGGCUGGACGACAGCGAGCAGACAAUCGACUUGAAGACAACCUCUGAUUUAAUAAACAUAAAUGUGGGCCAAACGGGUCUCUAUAUUGUCAACUAUGCCGUCAACGACUGGAAAGAGUGGACCAAAGAGUUGCUGAACGAGAAAAGUCGGCAGCGAUUAUCACCAUUGGAUCGCUCGGAACUGAUAAACGAUGCCUUCUAUUUGGCCAGAAGUGGACGACUUGACUACGAUAUAGCCCUGGAUUUGUCGAAAUAUCUGAAGGCCGAGGACUCGCUGAUCCCGUGGACCACCGCUCAGACAAUGUUGGGAUUCCUGAAGAAUCUGAUCAAUUCGGACGCAGAGAUCGCUCUGAAUCACUACAUAAGUGGACUAAUCGGAGAUCAAUACACGAAACUGGGUUGGAAUGAAGUGACCACAGAGUCCGGUCAAAUCAAACGCUUGCGGACAGUGGUGUUAGACAUGGCGUGCGGUUAUCAGAUGCCAGAGUGCGUACAGACAGCGGUUCAGAAGUUUAAUGAGUGGAAAACCAGUCCAACCAUUGCUCCCAAUCUGUUGUCUCUGGUAUUGAAGUACGGCAUCCGAUACGGCGGCGACACUGAAUUCAAGCACUUGAUGGACGAAUACCAAAAGCCCGGUCUAUCGGCGCAGAAAAAACUGCUUUAUUUACAGGGAUUGACGUCCACUGGGAAUAAGGAUCAAAUCGCAGCACUUUUAGCCAAAGCGGAAGACGAGAGCUUUUUAAGGAAACACGACUUUUUCCAAUUCUUGACUAAUCUGGCGGUCAAUAGUCUGGUCGGAAGGGAUAUGGUUUGGGAUUACUAUAGGAAUAAUUAUAACAAAAUUGUUGAUAGAUUUACAAUCAAUAACUCUGGACUCGGAAGGAUUGUAUACACUUUAAGCACUUUAUUUACGAGUGAUGUUCAAAAGGCACAGGUAUUAGACUUUUUCAAGCAAUACCCGAACGCCGGCGCCGGCAAACUGGACAGAGAGAAAGCCGUUGAAGUGUUGGACACAAACAUUAAUUGGAUUAAGAAUAACAAGAAUAAAGUGAUCGAAUGGAUCACAACUCAAUGCCCAUCGAUUACCUGCCCGUGGAUUACGUACCGUCUCGACCGACAAGUGAUACCUCUUCAGUAUUAUCUGACAUUACAAGUGAAUACAGUUUCAAAUGAGUUCAGCGGAAACGUCGAGAUUGAAGUGAAGACCGAGAAAGACGUCGAAUACUUUAUCGUUCAUUCGGCAGACAUUCUGACCAUUAAGAAGACCCGAGUUUUGCUGAAGGGCUCGGAGACAGAUCUGGCCAUUAAGCAAACCUUUCACUACUCGCCCCUUCAAUUCUUUGUCAUCCGAAUGGAUACUAAGACAACGGCCAACACGUAUCGACUAAUCUUUGAGUACGAGUCAAACCUACUGCUCGGCGGUCUCUCCGGUCUCUAUAAGAGCAGCUAUGAAUUGGACGGCAAGACCAUAGGUUUGGCCGCCUCUCAGUUCCAGUCGACUUCUGCUCGAAAAGCGUUUCCCUCUUUCGAUGAGCCGUCGUUUAGGUCUGAGUUUGAUUUGACAGUAAUCCACGACUCGGGCAACACUCUGACCAUCACUAAUAUGCCAAUCACUGGCCAACAAGUGGACGUACCCACCAAAGGCUGGACUACCACCAAAUAUCAGCGCUCAAAACCGAUGGUCACUUAUUUAGUGGCCAUUAUGGUCAGCGAUUUUGUGUGCCGUACGGACAACAGCCACGACUUGGGUUACGUGAUACGGGUGUGCGCCUCACCCGCCAAACAACACAAACUACAGUACGCUCUGGACGUGACGCCCAAAGUGUUUGACGAGUUUGAAAAGUACCUGGACUUCAAAUACCAACUGCCAAAGUCUGAUUUGGUGGCCAUUCCCGACUUCAGCGCCGGUGCGAUGGAGAACUGGGGUCUCGUCAAGUUCAGAGAGACCGCUCUCCUCUGGACCGCCGACGAGGACAACAGCGCGUCCAAAAUGAGCGUCGCGUCAAUCAUAGCCCACGAGUUGGCGCAUAUGUGGUUUGGAAAUAUGCUAACGUGUGAAUUCUGGGGCGAUUUAUGGCUUAAUGAGGGUUUUGCUUCGUAUAUGGAAUAUCCGGCCACUGCUAUGGUUGAGAAAACAUGGGAUUACGUGAGUAUUGUAUUGAAUCUAUACUUUUACAUAUGGGAUUUGUUUGUAUUUUACGAUCUGUCGAGCGCUGUGUCCGCCGAUUCAUCGCCGACUUCGCAGCCCAUUGUCCGCAUCCUUAAUAAGCCGUCGGAUAUGUCUUAUUCGAGUGCCAUUGUAUACAACAAGGGAUCGACAGUCAUCCGAAUGAUGGAGAGAGCGAUGGGUCCCCAGAAGUUUCAGACAGGAAUACAAAAAUACCUUAAAGCAAAUCAAUACACAACUGUUAUAACUCAAAAACUGUGGGAUUUGCUGCAAGAAGAGUUUCCUACCGAUUUAGGGACAACUAUAAAGGAUUUGAUGCACAACUGGGUAACAGAGGCUGGCUUUCCAUACAUUAACAUAACGAGAGACGAAACCGACGCAAACAAAAUCACUAUAAUUCAGGAGAGGUUUCUCGCAAACGGACAAAAACCCGAUAAAGACACUGUUUGGUCAAUACCUCUAUCAUACUAUCACGACGAGGGUUACGACCAAAAUACGCUAACAAUAGUGAAAACAAAGACCCAGACAAUUGAUUUGGUCAACAUUGACCCCAAACUGAACGGUUUGAUUAAGUUUAACACCGAUUACAGCGGUAUGUAUUUUGUGAACUAUCCGCUCGACGAUUGGGACAAAUGGAGUAAAGCGUUGGUCAACAACGAGAACGACAUUGUGAACAAACUAUCGGGCCGAGUUCAUCAUGGACGCUUUCUNGGUAUGUAUUUUGUGAACUAUCCGCUCGACGAUUGGGACAAAUGGAGUAAAGCGUUGGUCAACAACGAGAACGACAUUGUGAACAAACUAUCGGUGAGCGAUAGGGCCGAGUUCAUCAUGGACGCUUUCUACCUGGCCAAAGCCAAUAAAUUGCCCCUGGUCAAAGCGCUAGACAUAUCGAAAUACCUGGUGCACGAGCCGCACUUCACACCAUGGUCAAUGUACCGCAGUAUGUUUGACCAGGACACCAGAGACAGGCUGGCAAUGAGCCAAUACAGGGACAGUUUGAACCGGUUUUUGAGUUUUCUGACCGAAAAGCAGUACAAGAGGUUGGGCUGGAAUGACGGCUCCGGAGACGACACGACNGGACACCAGAGACAGGCUGGCAAUGAGCCAAUACAGGGACAGUUUGAACCGUACAAGAGGUUGGGCUGGAAUGACGGCUCCGGAGACGACACGACCAAACGCUUGAGGGCUGUGAUCGUAGAAAUGAGUUGCGACAGCGGUUACCGUCAGUGUCUCGAAGAGGCGUAUAAGGAGUUCACGCAAUGGAAGUCAGGCGCCGCCAAAUUGUCGCCCAAUUUGGGCGGUUUUGUCCUCUCAUUCGGCUUAAGACAGAGCACUGAUCCCAACGACUUCGAAGAGGUGUGGAAAAAGUACAAAGACGCCAAUAAAAAUGAUAAUUUCAAACUUCGUUAUUUGACCGCAUUGUCAAAGUCUAAGAACUCGGAACAGUUGAAAGACAUUUUGGUGAAAGCAUUGGACGAUAAAGUGGUUUCUGUGUCUCAUUUCCAGACAUUGCUAUCAGAAAUGGCCAAAACUCCGGAGGGUUUACCAAUUGCUUGGGAUUUCUUCCAAAACAACUAUCAAAUGCUUACACGAAAACUGAGUGCAAAUGAUUUGAAUAAUGUUUUCAAUAAUAUUAUCAAAUACUUUGGAGAUGUAGUCAAACGAAGUGAAGUCGACACAUUUCUCAGACGCUAUCCAAACGUCGGCCUUUCAAACACGAACCGCGAGAAUGGCUUAAAUCGGAUCCAACAGAAUAUGGACUGGAUUUUCGAAAGGGGCGACGACUACGGCAAAUGGUUGACCGCUAAUGGGUGCGGUAUAAACAAAGAGUGCCCGUGGAGUAUAUACCGACUCGACUUCACCGUAAAGCCAAUCAAAUACAAGCCCACUAUUCGAGUGAAUGUCACCACAAAUGUGUACAACGGAAACGUCGACAUUGAGGUGCAGACCACAAACCCCACCGAAUACUUCAUAGUCCACGCGUCGUCUAUACUCAAUGUUAUCAAAAGUCAAGUGUUUGUCAAAUCCGAUAACAAAGAGAUACCUGUAGUCAACGCUUUCCAUCACAAACCGCACGACUUUUGGGUCAUUCAAUUGGCACAAGAAGUGGCCGCCGGAACCUAUCGACUGGUCUACGAGUUUGAGGGCAAUCUACUGUUGGGCGGACUAUCGGGUCUCUACCGAAGCAAUUACGUGAACAGUGAGGGCAAAACAGUGGGUUUAGCGUCCACUCAGUUUGAGUUCACUGACGCCCGCAAAGCGUUCCCCUGUUUUGACGAACCGUCGUUUAAGUCCAUAUUUGAGGUGACAUUAAUACACGACGAGCACAUGUCCACAACCCUAUCCAAUAUGCCAGUGGCGAAGUCGACCACCGAUCCGGAAACCCGAUGGGUAACGACCCAAUACAAGGAGACACCGGUUCCGAUGGUCACGUAUUUGGUGGCAAUGGUUGUCAGCGAUUUUGUGUGCCAUCAGUCAAAGAUUGACAGCUGGGAUGUGGGCGUCUGCGCCUCUGCCGUACAAAGCGAUAAACUGGAGUUCGCGGCCGAAUCCACGCGAAGUGUUCUCCACUAUUUGGCCAAAGACUAUACGGCAAUGGAUUACCCGCUGCCAAAAGUUGAUAUGAUAGGUAUACCGGACUUCGCGUACGGAGCGAUGGAGAACUGGGGUUUAGUUACGUUCAAAGAGUCACGACUCGUAUGGCAGGACCAGGAAAACACGUCCGCCAACAAGAUGUCAGUGUUGGCCAUCAUUGCUCACGAGUUGGCACACUUUUGGUUCGGCAAUGUAGUGACCUGUCACUGGUGGUCAGACUUUUGGCUCAACGAGGGUUUCGCCACCUUUUUUGAACACAAGGCCGUCGCCAACAGUCAACCCGAUUGGCAAUAUGCGGACCUUUUUAUGACAACCGAUUAUAUGACUGCUUUAAACGCCGAUUCAGUGGAGACGUCGCACCCAUUGGUGCGAAAAACUGUGGAAUCGCCUCAAGACGUUCAACGAUACUCGAGCUCUAUUGUCUACUCGAAGGAUCUGUUGACUGCGCUGAAGGACUCGUAUCAAUAUAAUGACCCUGAUGAUCCAAAUAUUUACGACCUAAUGAAUGCAUGGACUGAAGAAUCGGGUUAUCCAUACAUUACUGUAACCAAAUCAGAUACGCCUAAUAAAUACACUAUAGUCCAAAACAGAUAUUUGUCAAAUGGUAAAUUAGAUGAGAAAAAGACCAAAUGGAUAAUUCCUCUCUCAUAUUACGAGAGAUUUGACACAAAGAAAACAACACUUGUAUUUGUAAAAGAGGACACCAAAGAUAUAACCAUUACUUUGGACGCCAGCGCUGAGGGACUCAUCAAAUUCAAUACCGACGGCAGAGGAAUGUAUUUAAUUAAUUAUCCCGAAGAAGAGUGGGACAAAUGGACUGACGCUCUGAUUACCAACAAAGCUAGUGUAGUGACAGCGUUAACGCCCAGCGAUAGGGCAAACCUCUUCAUCGACGCCCACUUCUUGGCCAAAGCAAACAUCGGGUCAGUCAUACGUCCCCUACAGUUGGCCCAGUAUUUGGCCAAAGAGAAACACUACGUCCCGUGGACUGUGGCCAUCGAGUCCUUCAAACAGAUCCAGAAAUAUAUGUUAACGACUGAACGCAGAGAUGAGUUGCAAAAGUUUUUCAGAGACUUAGGCACAGACUUGUAUAACGAACUCGGAUGGGAUGACACGGGAACCGAUACACACAAGAGGUUAAGGUCAACGAUCAUUGAGCUUAUGUGCAGUCAAUACCACGAGCCGUGUCUGAAGAAAGCUCUCGAAGAAUUUGAAAAAUUUAAAUCGGUAACAAAAUGGAGACCAAAUCUAUUGGCACCGACGUUGAGGUACGCCAUGAGACAGAGCGCAGACCGAUCCGAUUGGGACUACUUGUGGACCAAAUACGUGGACGAGAAGACAGCGAUUGUUAAGAACACCCAUUUGAAUGCAUUGUCGUAUACCAGAGAUCCUAUUCUUAUCAAAACACUAUUGGAUCGAUCACUCGAUUCAAAAUUAGUUACCAAUACUGAAGUAACGGCUAUUAUCAACAAUUUGGGCGCCAAUUGGGAUGCGUUGCAGAUAUUGUGGGAUUAUUUUAAAGAUAAUCACAAACGAUAUCAGGAAAGACUAUCGACAAUACAAUUGGGAAGUAUUUUCAACAGUAUUUGCAGUUAUUUUACAACUGCUGACCGAAGACGAGAGGUCGAGAACUUCUUAGCCGAAGACCAGACUCUCGGUAUCGCUAAUUACGACAAAAAUCGGGCCAUCGAUACGAUUAACGCUAACAUUCAGUGGUUGACUAGAAAUAAGGAUCGAGUGAUCAACUUCUUGGAGUGCCGCUCCGCGUCGUGUCCGUGGACUUCGUACAGACUCGACGAGAAGAUUACACCUAAUAAUUAUGCGCUUGAAUUCAACAUUGAUGUCGAAGAGAGUACAUUCACGGGUACUGCCAAUAUUGACGUGACUGCCGGCCAUCCGACCCAAUACUUCAUCGUUCACGCGGCCGACACUCUCGACAUCACAUCCUCUGUUGUCAAGAAGAAGGGAACAGCCGUUGCGUUGGAACAGUCGGGUGCGCCCACACGCAACGCCCGGUACGAGCUGUUUGUAAUCAAGAUGAAAGACAUUCAACCGGCAGACGAGUAUAUACUGGAGUUUGUAUUCAAGUCCAAACUCAACGAGAAUAUGGACGGACUCUAUAAGAGUACAUACUAUAAAGAUGGUAAACCUGUGGGACUGGCGGCCACUCAAUUCCAGGCCACGUCGGCCCGUAAGGCGUUCCCCUGUUUUGAUGAGCCUUCGUUUAGAUCUACUUUCGAGAUGACUAUUACCUCAAAACAGGACAAAACUCUCACCAUUUCCAACAAUGAGAUGGAGGGCACGCCUGUCAUCAAUGCUGACGGAACUCAAACCAUAAAGUAUAAGAAGACGCCACCAAUGGUGACCUACUUGUUGGCGAUGGUUGUGAGCGACUUUGUGUGCCAACCCGCAGCUCCCGGUGUUGUUGACUAUACUGUUAGGGUCUGCGCGUCGAGUGUUGAGCAGCAAAAGGUGGGCUAUUCGUUGGCAGUGACACCGCAAGUGAUGAACUAUUACGAUGGAUAUUUUGGCCACAAAUACAGCCAACAUAUGCCAAAAGCAGAUUACAUAGCGAUACCAGACUUUAGCGCCGGUGCAAUGGAGAACUGGGGUUUGAUUACAUUCAGAGAGACCGGUCUGUUAUGGCACGAGAAGGAGUCCACUUCGGCCAAUAAGAUGGCCGUUAUUGCCGUCAUCGCACACGAGACAGUGCACAUGUGGUUCGGCAACUUAUUCACGUGCAAGUGGUGGUCAGACCUAUGGCUUAACGAGGCUUUUGCCUCGUAUUUGGAGUACACGGCUGUUAAUCAUGUGGAGCCCACCUGGAACUAUUUUGACUUAUUCUUGAUGACCGAUACGUUGCCUGCACUGACGGCAGACUCGUCGGCCACUUCUCAUCCAAUCGUAAGGCCCGUUACGCAACCAGAAGAGAGAUCCUAUACCAGUGCUAUCGUCUACAACAAGGGAUCAUCAAUUCUCCGAAUGCUUGAGUCUGUGAUGGGAAGCACUGAAUUCCAGUCCGCACUUAAAGCCUAUGUAUCUGCAAAUGUGUUGAAAACUGUUGAAACUAAGGAUCUCUUCGAUAAACUUAAUGAGAUAUUCUCUCAGAAAGAUAAGGUGACAAUCCAUGAUUUAAUGGACACUUGGGUCACAAAAGCGGGAUUUCCAUACGUGAACAUCACUAGAGACCCGACGACUCCCAACAAAAUUACUGUAAUUCAAGAAAGAUUUUUAGCGAAUGGACAGACACUUGAUUCCGACACUAUUUGGACGAUUCCUUUGACAUAUUAUAAAUCAUUGGCACCAAAGGCAACGACCACUGAAUUCAUCAAAACAAAAACGGCGACAAUCGAUACAACAGUCGACACCACCGCUAAUGGACUCUUGAAGAUCAACACAAAUAGCGACGGCUUUUAUUUUGUGAAUUAUCCGGAAGAGGAUUGGAGUAAAUGGACGCGAGCUCUGGUCAACAACGAUAACGAUAUAUUAACUCAACUAACAGUCAGUGACCGCACAAAUUUUAUCACCGACUCCUUCUACCUCUCCAGAGCUGGUCUCCUGUCAUACGUAACGCCAUUAGAGUUGGCUAAGUAUCUGAAGCGUGAGACACACCUGACUCCGUGGUCAGUGGCCAUCAGUUUGUUCGCUCCCAUCAGGAGAUCCCUGUCGUCGACGGAACACAAGGAAGGCUUUGAUCAGUAUUUGAAUGAAUUGGCGAAAGAGAGAUACGAGGCGUUGAAAUGGGAUGAGACGACCGGCGAAACAGAUGUAGUGAAACGUUUGCGUUCUAAUAUUGUGGACUUUGUCUGCGCUAACAAUUAUAAGCCAUGUCUCACAGAUGUCCAGCAAAAGUAUUAUGAAUGGCGGGCUAACCCUACAGUGAAUUACAAACCAAAUAUAAUGUCAACUGUCCUGAAGUACGCCAUCAAACAGAUUGGUUUGACCACCGAUUGGGACAAUCUAUGGGAUGUGUAUUUGAAAGAGACCUCAACUGUACUCAAACUUACAUAUCUUAACGCCCUUUCGUUUACUUCAAACACAGAUCUCAUUAAUAAAUUACUAGACCUUUCAUUAGACGUAACAAAAGUGCGAAAACAGGAUUAUUUGUCUGUUUUGAAUUAUAUUAUCUCAAAUCCGGACGGUUUACAAGUGAUUUGGGAUUACUAUCGAAAUAAUUACGAGAAGCUGUUAAAUGGGGGCCAUUUAUCUGUGGGUCAAUUGGGAACUGUUGUCAAUAAUAUCUGUAAUUAUUUCAAUGACGAGACGAGAAAGAAAGAGGUGAAAGACUUUUUCGCUUUACAUCCG